AUGCGUUUUCGGUCACUUAGGGGAAUCCAUCAUAGCCAGUUGGGAUCAACUCCACUUGGGGUGGGACCUCUAGAAAAUCAUCUUCUCAGCAAUUUUCUCCCCUGGGACUUUAUUAUUAUUGGACUUGGAAAAUUUCUAUUCGGGUUUUGGUGGUUCCCGGUCUUACUUCGUACUUUCACUUCCGUUUGCGAACCCUGCAGACCGAUUCCGCAUUUGACACUAUCUUUCUUCGAGCCCCAAGUUCUCGACUUUGCUCGUGCUGACCUGGCCUUUCUUCCCCUCCAGAUCUCAUCCCUGACGUUUAUCCUUCUUUCCUCUCCCUCUCUACCUCGCCUUUUUCUGCCCACAGCCACCACUCAGGCUCUUUCCGCCACUUCCAGCAUUGUACAUUACCGACUUUUUAAUCAGCGCUGUUGGAUACCGCGCGAAAACGUUACUUCAAUUCCUUAUAAGGGAGUCUGA